AUGGACUCGGAGCAAAACGUUACCACUACUACGACACCGGCACCAACAGUGAAGACACCUGAUUUGAUAUUUGCGGAAUUUGAAUCUGAUGGAAGUCAAAAAUCAAUAAGAAAAUUACUAGAAAAAGAGAAAAUAGCAAAAACGUCAACAAUGAGCCCUAUUUAUGUACCCGAUGAUGAAGAAAAUAAAGUUACUCGUGUUGUAAACUAUGGCUUACCGGUAAAUCUAUAUAAACACGAUACCCCAAAUAACGAUGAUUCCACCGAAAAAUCUACUCAUCCUUUUAUGUUCGAUAACGAUUAUUAUAAUAAUGUGCAUGAGCCAGUAUAUUUGCCUUCUACAACGCAAUCAACGACCAAAGCUACAACAACAACGACUACCAAAGAAUCACCCGUUAAUAUUGAAAAUAUAUGGCAUAUAAUUGAUGACGAAAAGCUAAAUCAGUAUUCUGGAAAUUGGCAAGAAGUACAAGUUAACUCAAAAGAAGAGAAUGCAAAGAAUAAUAAUGAAAAUGAUGAGAACACAUAUGAUAAUCAAAAUCAAUUAGAAGAUGAAGGACAUCGUCAAAAUAACGAAGACCAGAGUGAUGAAGUAAAGAUAGACGAAAAUUUUGCUUUACCGGGUUUUGCUACAAAUCCAGGUAGUGGAGCCGAAAAUGAAUCAAGAGCUAUAAGAACUGAACCUAACAUAAGAUUUCCAUAUGUCAAUCUUAAACCAUUCCAAAUGAAACCAUCAAAAAAGCCGUCAUAUCAAAAUUUAUCAAACAGCAAGAAAAAUAGUAAUUUAUUAACCAACUUGGAUAAUUUCUCCGAUUUGAAACAUCCAGUGAGAGGAGAAGCUCAAGAUAUUAAUCCUAUAAAUUCACUUAUUGACCGUUAUAAUCCAGCUCAACCAUACUUACCACAACCUAGUUAUGGUAGUAAAAUAUCUAAGCAAUCUAGUCCCGUUUAUGCUCCUCCAAAAGCCACUGCUAAUUUAGUUCCUCCACCACUUCCGCCUUCCAAAGCUAGCGAUGACGAUUUCCCUGCUCCAGUUAGCUACGAUUCGUUUCCUCCCUAUGCACCAUCUGGUCCAAGUUAUAACCAAGUAGUAUCACCCCCGCCUUCACCAACACCGUCGGUUUCUGUUGAUUCGCCAUUUUUAAAUACUCCUGAUAGCUCAAUGACAUCUGAUGCGAGUGACAGUGACGACAUACCAAUGAUGGACUUAGGAUACCGUUACAAGCCACCAUCGAAUAAAGAAAAUAGUGAUGAUAAUUCAAUGGCAAAUAUGGGUUAUGAAUACAAACCACCUUCACCACCUGUUCCACAAUUCUUUCCAACUGUUCCACCGGCACCGAAACCUUUUGCAGGCUAUACAUAUAAUAAACCUAGUAUGAUUGCUGAUCUUGCUCCAAUGGUUGUAGCAGACAAACCUGAAGUUCAAGGGUAUCAUUAUACCAAACCAGAAUCAUCAAAACCACCGACUGACUAUAUGCCACAAAGCUACGAUUCUCAUCCUCCUUAUAGUCAUGACGAUUUGCCACAACACGGUCAUAAUUCCGACUACCCUGACUUGAUAUUCCAAAAACCACAUGAUGAUAUGAAAGGCGGUGACAUGAAGGAUCAUGAUAUUGGAAUGAUGCCACCGUCACCACAAUCCGAUAUGAAACCAGAUACUUGGAGACCAAACACUACGACAGCAACGUUCUUUUCAAAGAGAUCCGUUGAUGAGUUCACGUCAAAUGAAAACUUACACGAACUUACGAGUAAAGUAACUCAUGCAAUCGCAACGGCUGCAGAGAAGUACAUGAGCGGUAAAAAUAAAAAAGUAUAA